AUGUCGACCUCGACAACCACCGCAACAGCCGCAACCCCGAGCAUCGGCUCCCGGAAAAACGGCAAAAACUGGCAUGGCACCAAGAAAGCAUUCCGUCCUAAUGCAGGGUUAACCUCCUACGCUAAGCGUCAAGAGGCGCGCAAGCACGCCGACGCGGUGAAGGAGCUGGAGCGUGAGAUGAAGGCAGAACAUGAAGCCGAGCGCAAGGAUAUGACUGUCUCACCUGCUCAUAUCCAGCGCAUCAAGGACCGCCGCGAAGCCAAGGAGGAGAAGCUCCGGUAUGAGAAGAUGGCCGAGAAGAUGCACCACAAGAGAGUCGAGCGCCUCAAGCGCAGAGAGAAGCGCAACAAGCUGCUCAACUCCUGA